CGUGUAAUUUCACACCACCAAUUAAGGCUGAAGCUUUUAUUGGUACAGUGAAAUGUCUCUUGCACAACUUAUCUAUCCAAUCAGAGCUCGGUGAACUCGAAGGAUAAGAGGGAAGAUGGAAAUAAAAAUAUUCCAUGUGCAAGCUCACACUGUAAUUUACCUUUGUCCUACUUUAUUAAAGGCCGAGAUAUCGUUCACAUGACCUCCAACUGUCCCGCUGCACCAUAAUGGCGGACGCAGGAGAGAAGGGUGUGAGAGCUGAGGAGGAUAUCACGAAGGAUGGUUCUGUGGAUCUCAGGGGUCGACCCUGUGUGAGGUCUAAAGGAGGGAGAUGGACAGCAUGUUUCUUUAUUGUAGGUUAUGAAGUGUUUGAGAGAAUGGCGUUCUAUGGGAUCGCAUCAAACCUGGUCAUAUAUCUGACUAAGAAGCUCCAUGAAGGCACGGUUUCUUCCGCAAACAAUGUCACUAAUUGGGUUGGAACCGUAUGGAUGACACCAAUCUUGGGUGCAUAUAUUGCCGAUGCACAUCUAGGCCGGUAUUGGACCUUCGUGAUAUCCUCUGCAAUCUAUCUUCUGGGGAUGAGUCUAUUGACCCUCACCGUCUCGCUCCGAUCACUGAGGCCUCCAUCAUGCGGCACGGCGCAGGCCGGUGACUGCAACCGCCAUGCAACACCAUUCCAAGUGGGCAUUUUCUAUUGCUCACUCUAUAUAAUCGCCUUAGGAACCGGUGGAACAAAACCAAACAUCUCAACGAUGGGUGCAGACCAAUUCGAUGACUUCGAACCCAGAGAGCGAUCACAGAAGCUCUCCUUCUUCAACUGGUGGAUGUUCAGCAUCUUCUUCGGCACCCUCUUCUCCAACACCUUCCUCAUCUACAUCCAGGAUAAUGUAGGCUGGUCAGUUGGCUACGGACUUCCAACGGUCGGUCUUGCCAUCUCCAUCUUGAUCUUCCUGGUUGGGACACCCUCCUACAGGCACAAGAUCCCAUCAGGGAGUCCAUUUACGAGGAUGGCUACAGUUAUUGUGGCAGCCAUUCGUAAAUGGGAUGUUCCCCUUCCCAUCGAUCCGAAAGAGCUUCAUGAGCUUGAUUUAGAGGAGUAUGCAAGGGCUGGGAAGUUUCGAAUCAAACAUACCACUUCUCUAAGGUUCUUUGACAAAGCUUCAGUUAAGAGUGGUCCUAACACCCCAUGGAAGCUGUGCUCUGUGACCCAAGUCGAAGAAACCAAGCAAAUGGUCAAAAUGCUACCAGUCCUGGCGGCAACAUUGAUUCCAAGUGUUUUGACCGCACAGGUCCACACCCUCUUCAUCAAGCAAGGGACCACACUCAACCGCAGCAUGGGACCUCACUUUGAGAUCCCUCCCGCAUGCCUCACAGCAUUUGUGACAAUCUUUAUGCUGAUGAGCCUUGUGCUCUAUGACCAAUGUCUCGUUCCUGCCAUGAGGAAGUACACCAAAAACCCAAGAGGCUUCUCAUUGCUGCAAAGACUGGGGAUUGGCCUUGUCAUACAUGUAGUUAUUAUGGUCAUUGCAUCCUUAACAGAGAGGUAUAGACUAAAGGUGGCAAGAGACCAUGGACUCGUGGAUAAGGACGCAGUAAUCCCCCUCUCUAUCUUUGUACUCUUGCCACAGUUUGCCUUGAUGGGAAUCGCUGAUACUUUCGUGGAGGUCGCUAAGCUGGAAUUCUUCUAUGACCAAGCACCAGAGGCUAUGAAGAGCUUGGGGACUUCUUAUUUCACUACUAGUCUGGGAGUAGGAAAUUUCUUAAGCAGCGUCCUUUUAUCGACGGUAUCUGAUAUCACAAAGAAGAAUGGAAGCAAGGGAUGGAUUCAGGACAACUUGAAUGUCUCUCACUUAGACUACUACUAUGCAUUCUUUGCCGCUCUCGGUGUCAUUAAUCUCUUCUUUUUCGCAGUUGUUUCAAAGUCUUAUACUUAUAAUACUGAAGUCAUGGAGUCGGAAAUUGAGCUGAGAAAGUAGGUGAGAUGUUGCCAAAGAAAGGGAGUGAAAGUCUUCAAGUUGGGGAUACAUGAUCAAAAUUGUAAUUUAUUGGAUUUACUUCCAAAAUGUCCAAAUAGUAUGAUACAGAUGGUACCCUCAAACGCUGAAUCCAAUUCUUUCAUCUUUCUUCUGGA